UCUACAUGUUCAGAUGCUACAUUCAGCAUUACAGUUCAGUGGUUAUCUUUUUAGAAAUAACAUCACCUCGUAAACGAAAAUGAAACAAAAACAAAAAAACCAAGACAAAAACAUCAAACAAACAAACAGUAAUUGCUUUGUUCACAUAUGUAAAUGUCUAUAUUUACAUAUGCAUCCAAGAUAAAGCAUUUAUUAAUCAAACCAGGAAGAUACCAAAAAAAAAAAAAAGAAACAAAGAAAAAAUUUGGAAACAAGGGAAUAAAGGAAUUAGUUAAACAUUGGAUAAAAAGUACCUUGUGGUAUUUACCUUCAUCCUUGUGUGUGUUCUCACUUCAAACCUUGCUGUGAUUAACUCUGCCUUUCAUCUUUCCAAGAUUAACUCUUUUGUGGCUGUGUGGUUAAGAACCUUGCAUUGCAACCAUGUGGUUUGGUGUUCAGUCCUAAUGAAUGCCUUUUGAGUGCCUUUUGAGCGAGUUUGAUAGAUGGUAACUGUAGAAGAACCUGAUAUAAUAACUAGAAAUGUGUUGUUAUAGAAAUAAGUAAAAAAUGAGGUACUUAUUUGAAAAGCCACCUGAGAAGAUGCAUCUGAACCUAUAGUGCAUGACAAUUGAUUGUUCAACAUCUCACCUGUUAGGUAUAGGUGCAUGAUGAGUCAAAACGAUUGUAGUGAUUUUGAAUAAAGAGUCUUGUGAAUUCUAUUUUCUAUCUCUCAUAUUUUUUACAUAAACUCUACGGAUACAAAGAAAUUUCCAAAGUAAAUCCAGCAGCAUAUGCAUCCAUACUGUUGUUGACAUCAGGUAGCCAAAUACUGUGGAAGGGCUUUAAACAACAUACUACCAGAUAUUCCUAUGUGGCUUACAUACCUAUAAGAUGGUGCUUCAUACUUACAACAGACACAAACUAAUGUUUCUACAUAAGAGGACUCAGUUGUUACCAGCUAUGGCUGUGUGAACCUUGGCAAAUCAGUUCUUCCUGGGAUCAACAUUACUCCAGUGGUUUUUCAGCCCCUACCAGAUCACUCCAUGUUCCUCCAGAUUUUAUGAUGAAUUCUCAUCCGAUUUCCAAAAAAGGCUGGCUCAGGAAGCUCGGUGGGAUUGUGAAGACUUGGCAGAGACGUUGGAUUGUACUCAAUGGAAACAUCUUGUUUUACUUCACUAGAGAAGAUGACCAGAAGUCCCUUGGUUCAAUCCUUCUCCCCGGCAACAGGGCCUUUGCCCAUUCUUAUAGUCCAGGCAAUCCAGAUAAAUAUAUUUUUGAAAUUGAACCAGACAAGAAUAUGAAAGCUUCAAAUCCGACAAAUCACGAAAUCUCCUUGUUCUGUUGCGAGUCGGAAGCCGAGAGACAAGAAUGGAUUCGUGCCAUACGGAAAGUGAUCUACGGACCAAAUGGAGGAGCUAUCUUUGGCCAGUACCUUAAGGAAACCAUGUUGUAUGAGCACAAUAAUAAAACCAAAAGGAAAGUUCCUUAUAUAAUUGAAGCUUGUGUCAAGUUUCUUGAAGAACAUGGAAUGGAAACUGAGGGUGUAUAUAGGUUAGCUGGUCGUAUGGUAUUAAUAAAAGAACUGCAAGAAAGCUUUGAUACAGGUGUAUGCAUUAAACUAGAAGACAGUGAAGCUGAUGUACAUACUGUAGCAUCUUUAUUAAAAUUAUAUCUCCGCGAACUACCAGACUCCAUUAUUCCCAGUGAACAUUUCCAGAGAUUCAUGAGCAUUGCUUAUGAAGCUGUUGACAAACAUAAGAGCCAAGAUGAAGAAUUCAUUCCAAGACUAAAAGAAGCUGUGAAUAUUUUGGAGUCGGACAACUACAACAUUUUGCAGUAUUUGUGCAAGCAUCUUCACAAGGUGUCACAGUAUUCUGAUGUUAAUAAGAUGACGCUAGCAAAUUUGGCAAUGGUUUUUGGGCCAAACAUCAUUCGUCAUGAAGAUGAAAACCCAGAAAUUUUACGUGCUACAGCAGAUUUGAACCAGAAACUUGCGUUAAUACUUAUCAAGCAUUCAGAUGUGAUUUUUGUCCAUGAUUGCGGUCCAAACUUACUUGACAGGCCUCUGGAUUCACGUUGUGGUGCUCCAGUACUGCAGCCAUUCACAAACACAUGUGAACCUCCAUUACAAACCAGUGACAUUGAAUUUCAGCUUGCGGAUGAAUUUAAUAACUUACCAGUAACAUCACCAUCACCUUUCACAAAGGCCCAUAGCUUGAAGGCUUUGAAACCUGCACCACCUCUCCGGCUCACGAAAUCAAACAGUUCCAGGCAUCAUCGGCGUUUACGUCUUAUCGAGAGAAACAAUAACUUCAGCGAAUCAUUAAGUUCUCCAGAGUCUUGUAAGUCACCAGAGACCCCACCCGAGUCAUUUGGAGGAAAUACUGAAGGUUUUGGUGAGGUAGCUUCCCCUUCAGAGGUGAAAUUUAACUGGGAGCAUUUCACUCCAAGCAAUGCUGUUUUUGGUAUGUGUGAUAUCAAGCACAUUCCAAAAGAAGACAAAAACGAGAUGCCGAAGCCUUUAACUGAAGUAGAGAAGCUAAAGAAAGAUUUAAAUCAGAUGAAAGUUUUGUAUGAGGAGAAAGUAUUGGAAGUUGAAUCACUGAAAGUACAACUUCAGAAUCAAAGUAAUGCCAAAGACAAGACCAUCGACAAAGUUAUAGAAUUACAGGAGAUACUUAACAAAUACAAAAUUCGAUAUGGGGAAUUGAAAUGAUUUUUUAAAACAAUUUUAUGUAUUUUGGGGGAGGAAUUUUGAAACACUGUUUUCUUAUCCCUUCAAAGGAAAUACCGUUUAUUUUUAUUCAAAUGAGGAAAGUGUGUGGUUUUUAUACUGCAAAAUUUUCUUUGUUCUUACUUUCUGCUCUGGCUUAAAGUUUUUCAGUUAGAUUAAGCAGAAGGAGACAAGAGGCUACAAAAAAUACUCCCUUCACCCUCGUCCUUGCCAUUUUUUUUUAAUAUAAAAGUUUUUAAGUGAAUGAAUGGAGUCAUUGCAGUCUGUAAAAAAUAUAUUUUAUCUAUCAAAUACAAAGAUUUUGAUUGGUUUGUUAGUGAAAGGGGCUGUGUUAUGUAAUUAAAAGAAAUGGUAUGUCAAGUGAGGGAGGAUUUCUUUUAUAGACUAGAUUGGUUGACAGGGCAAGGGAGGGCUUCUUACAGAAUUGUAAAUUUACAGAAUGAGUCACAAGUGAAGAAUAUCACAGUGUAUAUUGGUUGACUUGGGGAAUGAAGUCUUGUGAUGGAAUGUAAGACUGAAAGACGAGAGCAUUCUUACAUAGAGUAGUGAGAGAGAGUGGGAGAGAGAGAGAAAGAGAAAGAGAGUUCAUAUUAUUUUUUAAAAACAGCUUUACAUUAAAUGAAUCUGGAAACGGAUCAAUAAGAGAACAGAUCUAUCAAGAUGGAGUUACAUUUUGUAAAUGUAACAGUGAAACAAACAAUUCUUAAAUAUUUUCUAAACAUCCCUUCCACCACUUCUGUUUAUAUUUUAAAUCCAUUUGUUUGUGUUUAUUCAUUUUUUUUUUUGUUUAAUUUAACAGUUUUAACUGUUUACCAUAAAUAAAUGUAUCAAAUAAUGGGAAAGUUUGCAUGAGGAAACAAUUAUAUUUGUAAAAAGUUCCAUGAAUCCUUGAUAUGAGUCAAUCACAAAAAUGUCUGGGUCUUCAUAGCACCAUGAAGAAUUGAUUAUUUGCUUUUUUUUUUUUUGUUCCAUUCUAACAAAGGGAUUGAUUUUGAAUGUCUGUGAGUUGCAGUCACUGGGUUAAUGAUACAGUUUUUUUUUUUAUUAAUUAUUAUUACAACAUUGGAAAAUACUGCUGUGCUUUAUGAUAAUUAAUUGUUAUUUUUGUUUCCAUUUUCAUGAGACUUGUGUUAGAACUGAAUAAGAUGUGUAAAUUAAAGGGAUGGGCUCCGGAAAAUCGUCCCCCUACUCUGUAUUUUACUGGUGCUUAAUUUAUCUGCUCUGGAAAAAUUUGAAUUGAGAAAUGGGAAACUGUGAACAAGGACAACAUUAUUGUUUAGCAAACUUAUGAUCCAAAAUAUCUGAACUUAGACCAUCCCAUCUUUUCUGGGACGAUGUGAAUGAUCUAGCUUAGCAUUUUAAUAUUUGCAACAGUUAGAUAACAUUAAUUUCUUAAUGAACGAACAAAUGAAUUAAUAAAAAUAACAACAGGGUAUUUUGGGCAAGAAUGCUGCUACAAAGAACCUAGGGAAUAUUUUAGCUAACUUCUAUCAAAGAACGGUGCUUGGUAUGGUUAUGUUUAGAGUUGGAAUAAAAACAAUCUCUGAAUAGCACAAAAGCUUGGUCAGUUAUUUUAGAUAUCAAUAAUCAAUCAAGACAGACAAUGAGUAUUUAAUGACUUGGAGCAGGAUAAACUUAUCCUCAUGUUUUAAUCAUUAAAAUGACCAUUUUCCAGGAACCACAGCAGUUCAUGGAAAUGGUCAUUGCUGUACAAAUUUCUAUGAAAUUGGGUAAGAGGAGAGGUAAAUCUUCCUUCCUUCCUUUUUUGCUUCUUUUCUUUCUUUCUUUCUUCCUUCCUCCAUCUCUCUUUUCUUGGUCUAUUUUUCUUGUUAUCUAUCCCUUCCCCUUCUCUCUCAGUCUUUCUUCACUUCUCUUUUUCUUAUAUAUUAUAUUUCUUAUUCCCUCUGUCUUCUCUUUCUUUCUCUGUCUGUUUGUCUCUCUCUCUCUCUCUUUCAAGACACGGUAACCAGUCAAAAAAAAACCCCAGAUUUCUAGCGGUUCUCUGAUAACAAACUGAUAACUGUUUUUCUCCUUUAGGUAAACACAGAUGAGUAGAGUUAAGAAAAUUGCCCAAGGAGUUAUUUCAACAUCUGUAGUAGGAACACUGAUAAUAGACAUAAUCUCAAAUGCCAGCAAUCCUAUCAGACAUUUUACAAUGAAAUGUCAUCAGUCAACUAAUGAGCUGAUAAUUAUCUCAAAUAUUAUCACUGAGUGAACUUGGCUGUGUUGUACUAUCUUUCUACAACAUUAUUAAACAACACAUCGGUUAAAAUAGUUAAUACUAUAUCUAUUAAUGUGAAGUUUUGAUGAAGCUGUUUUCUCCUAAGAUGAGAUUCCCAGCAGGCAGGUUUCUUUAUCUUGCCUCUGCAUACUAUCUUAACUGUCUGUAACAUUGUUAAACCAUCACCUCAGUUAAAAUAGUUAAUAAACCAAAACCAGCAUGGAAGAUGGGUGUUAAAAGAUGAUGAGGAAUGCUAUGUCUGUUAUUGUGUAAUUCUGAUGAAGUUGGUUUCUUUAGACAUGAGACACCCAUCAAGAAGAUUUUCUUAUUUUAAUCUACAUAUGCUAACUUAACUGUUUGUAGCAUUAUUAAUCCAAUACAUCAGUUAAAAUAGUUAAUAAUAUGUCUGUUAUUGUGAGGUUUUAAUGAAGUUCUUUCAGAAAUGAGAUACCCAGAUGUAAAUCUUUCGUGCCUUAACCUGCAUAUACUUUCUCAAAUAUUAAACAACACAUCAGGUAAAAUAAUUUAAUAAUAUCUUUGUUGCUGCAAGGUUUUAAUCAAGCUGGUUGAUCCAGAUUUUAGAAAACGAGUAGGUAGUUUUCCUUAUCUUACUUCUGUAUUCUAUCUUACCUGUCUAUAACGUAAUUGAACCAAAACAUUGAUUAAAAAUGUUAGUAAACCCAUACCAACACAGAUGUGUGUUAAAAGGGGAUGAAGAAUAAUCUGUCUAUUACUGUGAUGUUAUAAUGAUGCUAGGCUCUCCGGAUAUGACAUACACACCUGAAAGUUUUUCUUAGCUUUCCUCCUUAUAUUAUCUUCACUCACUAAAGCAUUGUUAAACCAACACAUUGAACAAAACAGUUGAUAAUACAUCUGUAUUUGUGAGGUUUUGAUGAAGCUAGUCUCUCCACAUAUGACAUACACACCUGGAAGUUUUCCUAAUUUGUGAGAGGGAUACAAUAAAAAGGACAAGAAACAUGGAAAUGAUUUUUAUUUCUAUGAAAAUGUAAUAAUUUUGUGAGGCAAGACUAGUUUAGUGGAUUUAGUGGUGCCCUCUGGCGUGUGUUCUGAUUAAUAGUGGUCUAUCUGUAGGGAGAUUUGAUGAUGAUGAUGAUGUGCACACAUAGUCUGUAUAUAAAAAGUGUUAUGAUGUACAACAGCUUUCUGUAUAUAGAAAAAUAUGAUAUAUAACAGGUGUGUUUGUAUAUAUAUGUAUGUAUAUAUAAAUGCAUGUUACACACAUACACUUCUCAAAAUGUUAUAAUGUGUAAGCCUAAUCUAUGUAUAGCAAAAUGUUAUGUGUAAUAACGUGUGUGUGUAUAUAUAUAUAUAUAUAUAUAUAUAUAUAUAUAUAUAUAUACACACACACAUAUACAUACAGAGGUUGGACAAAAUAAUGGAAGCACCUUAAAAUCUCAAACAAAUUUAUUUUAAUAUGGGAUAGAACCACCUUUGGUAGUAAUUACAGCUUGAAUUCUACGAGGUAUGGACUCAUACAAAGUUUGAAUUGUUUCCAAAGGAAUUUUUAUCCAUUCUUCAACUAAAACAGUCUCCAGUUCUUGUAGUGAUAAUGGUGGAGGAUAUCAAUUCCUUGUUUUUCUAAAAUGCACCAUAAAUGUUCAGUAAUAUUGAGAUCUGGGGACUGUGGUGGUCAGGUAAGAUGUUCAACUUCACUAGAAUGUUCCUUGUACCAUUCAGUAACAAGUUUACCUGUGUGAAUUGGUGCAUUAUCAUAGUGAAAGAUUGCAUUUCCCUCUGGAAGCAGUUCCACAACCAUAGGAUGAAUUUGAUCAGAUAAAAUGCUUAAAUAGUCUUGACUAUUAAUUCUGCCAUGAAGGGAAGUAUUGGGUUGGCAGAUUUCUAAGAUAUAGCCCCCCAAAUCAUCACAGAUCUUCCUCCAUGUUUAACAGUUGGAAGAAGGCAGUUUGGGUCAAAUGCUUCUUUUGGCUGUCUCCACAUGUAUAUUUGGCCGGUGUUCGGAAAUAAGGUAAAGGAUGACUUGUCUGAGAAAAUAACAUUGUUCCACUGCUCUGGCGACCAAUUCUGUAGGUUUUUACUCCACUGUAAAUGCUUUGCAACGUUUGUUUUUGAAAGUAGUGGUUUUCUGAUUGUAGCCUUCCCGUGAAAUCCAGCUUUGUGCAGCUCUCAGCAAACAGUUUUUGUGGAAACUGGGUUCGCAAGGUGGUUUAUGAAUUCAUUUUAGCAGACUACAGUUUAUGAUUUGUAUUGUUAUAUGCUCAGGCGUGGGGUUUAUGGGUUGAUUAGAGAUGAAUAAAGUAAAUAGAGAUGAUAGAGGAAAGUUAAUUACAAAUAAGGUAUAUAUGUAUAUAUUUAUUUAUUUUUUGUAUAUAUAUAUAUUUUUUAUAUAUACAUAUAUGUAUUUUUUUUUGUGUAUAUAUAGUUUUAUGUGUACAGAUAUAUAUUUUUGAAAAAGAUUUCCUUAAAUAUUAAUUAUAUAAAGAAAAUAUUUAAUCUGAAAAAGUAGACAAACAUACAUUUUUAAAGAUUAUUUUAAAAGUAUAAUUAAUAAUUUCUAAUGUAAGAAAAUCACUUUUCAAAUAUUGUGACUAUGUGAAAAAAUUUUUUUAACAACUAUUAUUUAUAUAUAUUUGUCUUGCAAGUUCCCUGUUGACCCUAUUUGGUACAGGUACCAUGUAAAAGGUGCUGGUGUUAUGUAAAAAAGACCAGUGUUGUUACAACAUAGAACGCACUGGUGCUUGUGCCACAUAAAAAGCAUCGGUGCUUUUUAUGUGGCACCAGCACCAGUGCUGGUACCACAUAAAAGGCACCGGUGCCAUGUAAAAAGCACUGGUGCUGGUGCCAUGUAAAAAGUGCCUAGUAUACUCUGUGAAGUGGUUGACUUUAUGAAGGGUCUCCAGCUGUAGAAACCAUGCCAAAACAGACAGUGGAACUGGGUGCAGCCCCUGGCCUUAUCAGCUCCUGUCAAACUGUCCAACCCAUACCAGUAUGGAAAAUGGACAGUAAAUGAUGAUGAUGAUAUAUAUGCCUGCAUGAAACAUGGAUGUUAAAUGAUGAUGACACUAAAAUGUUAACACUACAGUGUGUUACUCCUCUGAGUGUUGUGAGUAUCUAACCAGAAUACUGAGAGUAGUAGCAGAUUGUAACCACAAUACUAUUACAGACACACACACAUUACAUAUUUAUUGGGUAUUUUUCAUUCUUGUUCAUAAAUGUCAAAACAAGACUUAUCUCCGCCAUAUUGAAUUAAUGUCCAAGCAUUACAAAGCAUUAUGGUAACUUCGUGAUGCUUGGACAUUAAUUCAGUAAGGUGGAGAUAAGUCUUGUUUUGACUUUCUCCCUUAGAAUAAUUAUAUAUACAUAUAAUCAUUAAUUUAAUAUAUACAUAUAAUAACUGGCCCUUUUCAUCUAUGCAGACGGUCAAUUUAGCUUAGAGGUCACUUAAUCGAACAUAUCAGGGGCUCCCCUUCUUACAGCUUCUUUCAUGGCUGAUUCUUCCUAUGAUUGAAGCGCAGCUUCUGUCACAGUACUUGCAUACCAAGAGGGUGCCUCGGCGCUCUGCAUUUCUGUUGUUUUCCUUUUGCUGCUGAAGCUUCUCAACUUGUUUGUUUCUGUAGCUGCUCCUCUACUGAAGCAGUUCCUUCCUUCACAACAGUCCUCCAUGUUGUUCUCUCCUCAGCCCUCUCCUCCCAGGUGCUGACAUCCACCUCACACUUGGACAAACUAGUUUUGCAAGUGUCCUUAUACCUCAGUUUUGGUCUUCCUCUUGGUCUCUUGCCCUGGGCCAGUUCUCCAAAGAGCAGUUGCUUCGGGAUUCAAUGGUCAUCCAUUCUCCUGACAUGCCCCAGCCACCUCAUUCUUCUCAUACACAAGAUAGCUGUCAUGCUUUGAUAUACAUACAUAUAUAUACACAUAUACGUAUUAUAUAUAUUGCAUAUUAUAUAUAUAUAUAUAUAUAUAUAUAUAUACACACAUACAUAUAUGCAUAUUAUUUAUAUAUAUAUAUAUACACACACAUACAUAUAUGCAUAUCAUAUAUAUAUAUAUAUAUAUAUAUAUAUAUAUAUGUUUGUAUAUAAUUAUACUG